AAAAAGAGAUUAGUCAGAAGAAAAAGGCAAAAUCGCCGUUGGGACCAACUCUCUUUCUCUCUCACAUACGGUCGCUGACGUCACCGCCGGUCAUCAAUGUCAGGCCAAUUAUCUCCUUCUCUUUUCCUUCCGAUUCUCAUGCCUCUCCAACUUUUUCUUGUUGUCUGUUCAUGUUCAAUCUUAUCCGACGCCGUGUUCUCCUCCGGUGCGCACGUUAGCAGCAUCACUCCUCCUCGCGAAUGGAGACGACAACGCCUCCGCCGGCGACGCGGUCAAAGCCUCACCAACACCAUUUGAGUGGGUCCCAUCGUCCGCCGCCGGGACGAGAAGACUGGUGGAGCGAGGACGCGACGGCGACGCUGAUCCAAGCCUGGGGGCACCGUUACCUCAAGCUCAAUUUCGGGAAUCUCCGGCAGAUUGACUGGAAGGAAGUCGCCGACGCCGUGAACUCGACCCACGGUAACGGUCGUCCUAAGAGCGACGUCCAGUGUAAGAACCGGAUCGAUACACUGAAGAAGAAGUACAAGACGGAGAAAGCCAAGCUCUCGCCGUCGGCUUGGCGCUUCUUUGACCGCAGCCAAGUCUGCUAGAAGAAGCUCUCUUGACGAUGCGAUGAUGGUGACUGGGGAUUCGUCGCCAGUAAGCAUCCUCGUGUGGAAGAGGUAGAUGAUCUGGGCAUGGAACUAACUAGAGCAAUUCUCAAGUUCGGAGAAGCUUAUGAGAGAAUCGAAGGUAGGAAGCAGAAGAUGAUGAUUGAAUUGGAGAAGCAAAGAAUGCAAGUUGCCAAGGAGCUUGAGUUACAACGAAUGAACAUGUUAGUGGAGAUGCAAUUAGAGCUGGAGAAAUCAAAGCACCGGAAACGUUGAGCUGU